AUGAUUACUCUUAUUCGAUCUCGUACGCCAUCUACAUUUUAUUAUUCUAAUGGCAACCUCUAUCUUCAAAACGAGAAAGACAUAAACAUUAAAUAUGCAACAAUGGUGCGUUCAAUAGAUUCUCAAUCAAGACAACAUUUGUUUUUAUGCUAUGUAGCACAUAUGAGAUGGACCCAGCGAUACGGUGUUAUGGCGGUAGCCAUUAUUGUUAUACUUGCAUUUAUUUUCGUUUUACAUCAAAAACAAUUGUAUGAAGAACAGACACGACAAACAAUUGAAUCAUUACAAAAUCGUAUUGAUUAUGUUUCACGUCUUAAUGAUGAACAUUUACAAGAAUUAUCAGUUAUAAAACAACAAAAUAUUCGUUUAACUCGUUCAGUUAAUUCAAUUAAAUCUUGUCAUCGUCGUUUUGGUACAAAUAAUAAUAUUAAUAAUAAUAAUAAUAAUAAUAAUAAUAAUAAUAGUAAUAGUAAUAGUUUAUCAAUAAUAGAUUUCAAUAGUACAACUGGUGACGAAACAUUAAAUGAUAAUAUAAUUGAUUCAAUUAAAAAUGUUUUUCAUUUACCACCUAGUUUUAAUUAUUUAAAACAUCUUAAUAAUAAACAUGAUAUGUUAUCACCAUCAUUUCAUCGUCAAACAACAAAUGGAAAAUAUUUACGCCAAAAUAUAUCAUUUAUUAUUGGUAUACCAACAGUUAAACGUGAUAAACAAUCAUAUCUUAUUGAAACAAUUAAAUCGUUAAUUGAUAAUUUAAAUAAUGAUGAUAUUGAACAUUUAUUAAUUGUUAUAUUUAUUGCUGAACCAUUCGAUAUUGAAUAUGUACGUACAACAGCUCAUCAAAUAGAAAAACUUUAUAAUAAAUAUAUUGAAAAUGGUUUAAUUGAAAUAAUAAGUCCACCAAUUGAAUUUUAUCCUGAUUUUGAUCAAUUAGCAUUAAGUUUAAAUGAUAAUAAAGAACGAGUUAAAUGGCGUACAAAACAAAAUUAUGAUUUUACUUAUUUAAUGAUGUAUUCAUCAAUAAGAGGAAAAUAUUAUAUACAAUUAGAAGAUGAUGUUGUUACAAAACCUGAUUAUAUUCAUAUUAUUGAAAAUUUUAUUAAUCUACAAAAAACACAAAAUUGGUUUAUGCUGGAAUAUUCAAGUUUAGGUUUUAUUGGUAAAAUGUUUCAUACUAGUGAUCUUGAUGCACUAGUGAAUUUCUUUCUAAUGUUCUCUGCUGAUAAGCCAAUUGAUUGGUUACUUGAAUAUUAUCAAGAUACAAAAUAUUGUUCAUUUGGUGCUGAUAUUCAAUCAUGUGUACGAACAAAAGGUUUACAUCGUUUUCGUUUUCGUCCAUCAUUAUUUCAACAUAUUGGAAUGUAUUCAUCAUUAAAAGGCAAAAUACAAAAAUUAAAAGAUAAAGAUUUUGGUAAAAAUAUUAAAUUAUUUAAAGCUCAUGAAAAUCCACAUGUAUCAUCAAUUGUAUCAACAUUAAAAGAUUAUGAUAAACAUACAUUAAUGAGUUGUUAUGCAGGACAAAAUUUUUUUUGGGCAUUACAACCUAAAAAAGGUGAUACUAUUGAAUUUAAAUAUGAUCCACCACUUUUAUUAUCGAGAGUUUAUUUUAAAUCGGGUAAUCCAGAACAUCCAGGAGAUAAAUUUUUUAACACAACUAUUGAUUUAUUACCAUAUGUACAACCAAAAGAAGAAAUUAAUUCUAUUAAAGAUCAUGAUGGUUUUUAUACAGUAGCGAAUUUUUCACAUGAAACUGGUAUUGGUGAAGCUUUUAUUAAUAAAGCAUUUGGGCCUAUAUCAAAUGUGCGUUUAAAAGUGCAUUCAAAAUCAGAAGCAUGGGUUAUAUUGAAUGAGAUACUUAUUGAACCGGUCACAUAA